AUGGCGGUGCCAGCAAUUCGUCUUUCGAGCGGUAUAAAAAUGCCAAUCAUUGGUUUAGGAAUGUGGUUGUCCAAACCCGGUGAAGCAUCUGAAUCAGUUCGAUAUGCAUUAAACAAUGGUUAUCGACUAAUUGAUACAGCUGCUUGUUAUUUUAAUGAGCAAGAUUUGGGUAAGGUUUUAGAUGAAGAAUAUAUCAAACCUGGUAAACUAAAGAGAGAAGAUGUAUUCAUUACUACAAAGUUAUGGUGUACACAUAAUCGUGCAAAAGAAGUAGAAGGACAAUUAUGUCAAUCGUUGGAGAAAUUACGAACAAAUUAUGCAGAUUUGUAUCUCAUUCAUAUGCCAACUUCUUUUGAUCAUGAAAUGAAGAAACCGGAUACCUCAGAUUCAUUGGAAAAGUUGUGGACUGGUAUGGAAGGCGUAUUCAAAAAAGGUUUGACGAAAGCAAUUGGUGUUUCAAAUUUUAGUAUUAAUCAAAUUGAAAGAGUGCAAAAGUCAGCGUCCACAAAAAUUCACAACGUUCAGGUAGAAUGUCACCUGUAUUUUCCACAAUUUGAAUUACACGAAGUAUGCAAAAAGCAUGGUAUCUCAUUAACAGCAUAUGCACCACUUGGAUCACCUGGACGAGUUGAUUGGGAAGUUCCAAAAAGAGGGAAGAUGCAAUGGGCAGAGGCAAAAGCAGUUUUGGAAGAUGAAAUAGUGAAAAAACUUAGCAAAAAAUAUGGGAAAACUCCAGCUCAAAUAUGUUUGAGAUACCUUAUUGAGCGUGGCAUUUCUGUUAUUCCAAAAAGUGUCAAGGAGCAUAGAGUCAAGGAGAAUUUUGAUGUAUUUGAUUUCAAACUUACCGAAAGUGAAGUGGAAGAAUUAAAAAAUGUCAAGAAUCGUCAACGUCUUUUCUUUUUCGAUUACAUGAUCAAUCAUCCGGAAGAUCCAUUUAAACAUGAGCGCACAUGA